CCAUCAGACCAAAUUAUGGCUUCUCUCCUACCACCAUCCGUCACCACCACACCACCACCGGUGCCUACUUCCAUUACUUCUUCUUUCCUUCCAAAAACAUCCCAACUUUCUAUAGCUGGGAAGCGAAAACCUAAAUUCAUCUCUAGAGCAGUCUCAUGCAAAGCCACAAAUGGUGAGCAAAACCCCAAUCCUAGUGCUAAAAAUGUUGGGGAAUCUUCUAUAAACAAGUUUGAUAGGAGAGAUGUCCUCGUUGGCCUUGGAGGUCUUUAUGGUGUAACCAGCCUUAAUGACCCAUUCGCAUUUGCGGCUCCAAUUGCUGCCCCGGAUUUAACCAAAUGUGGCAAAGCAGACCUGCCUGCUGGCGCCAAACCUGUCAAUUGUUGCCCACCACCGUCAACGAAAAUCUUAGAUUUCAAGCUCCCUCCUUCAAAUGCCCCAUUACGCACCAGGCCUGCAGCUCAUUUAGUUGAUGACGCCUACUUAGCUAAAUUUUCCAGGGCCCUUGAGCUCAUGAAAGCUCUUCCUGCUGAUGAUCCACGUAACUUCAUGCAACAAGCAAAUGUUCAUUGUGCCUACUGCGAUGGGGCUUAUCACCAAGUUGGGUUUCCAGAUCUUGAUCUUCAAGUUCAUAACUCAUGGCUUUUCUUUCCAUUCCAUAGAUAUUUUCUUUAUUUCUUUGAAAAAAUCUUGGGUAAGUUGAUUGAUGACCCAACUUUUGCAAUGCCAUUUUGGAACUGGGAUUCUCCUGCUGGCAUGCAAAUGCCUGCCAUUUAUGCAAACCCUAACUCCCCACUCUAUGAUAAGCUCCGCAAUGCCAAUCACCAACCACCUACUGUCCUUGAUCUUGAUUACAAUGGCACCGAUGAAAACUUAUCAGCCAAGGAUCAGAUAUCAAGUAACCUUAAAAUCAUGUACAGGCAAAUGGUGUCUAAUGGCAAGACCGCGAAGCUUUUCCUAGGACAUGCUUAUCGUGCUGGCGACGAACCGGACCCCGGAGCUGGUGCACUUGAGAACAUUCCUCACGGACCAGUCCACAUUUGGUGCGGUGACAACACACAACCUAAUUUGGAAGACAUGGGGAACUUCUAUUCCGCUGGAAGAGACCCCAUUUUCUAUGCUCAUCACUCCAAUGUGGACCGGAUGUGGUCGGUUUGGAAGACACUGGGAGGGAAGCGAACCGAUUUCACUGACUCAGACUGGCUUGAUUCCGCAUUUCUUUUCUAUGAUGAGAAUGCAGAUCUUGUUCGUGUAAAGGUCCGCGAUUGCCUUGACCAUAGAAAGUUGGGAUAUGGUUAUCAAAAGGUUGACAUUCCAUGGUUAAACACGAAACCAACUCCUAGAAGGCUUGCCAGUAAAGUGGCAAGGGCUCUAGGGGUUGCACAUGCAGCAGAGACGAAGAAAAAAGUUCUAAGCAACGUUCAAUUCCCUCUGGUUUUAAACGACGUUGUCAGCCUUGAGGUUGCAAGGCCAAAGAAAUCAAGGAGCAAAAAAGAAAAAGAAGAGGAAGAGGAAGUGUUGGUGAUCGAGAACAUUGAGUUUGACAGAGACCAAUUUGUGAAAUUUGAUGUGUACGUUAACGAUGAGGAUGACACCGUGAUCGGACCCGACAACACCGAGUUUGCAGGGAGCUUUGUCAAUGUGCCACAUAAACAUAAACAUGGAAAGAAAAUGAAAACAUUUUUGAGGUUGGGCUUAACAGAUUUGUUGGAGGAAUUGAAUGCUGAGGAUGAUGAUGGUGUGGUGGUCACUUUGGUGCCUAAAUAUGGCGGUGGUCUUGUUAAGAUUGGUGGCAUCAAGAUUGAGUUUUCCCGAGAUUGAUCAAUUAAUUUGAUGUUUCCCCACAAAAUUCUCGGUUGUAAUGUUUUGUUUGAAAUUGAAACUUUCACUAUUUUCUUCUGCAAUCUUAUUUUGUUUUGCAAAAUGGUUGUAAUGAAAAUGGUUGCGUUUCUUUCCUUGUGAUUUGUCAUUGAAAAUUUUGAUAAAUCUCUUUUUUUUUUUUUUUCUCCUUGUCUCCC